UCCUAUUUGGUUCCCGAGAAAACAUGCAGGAAAAGAAAAUUACGGUGAAAUUUUCUCUACCUAUGAUGUUUCAUCAUUUGGUAUCCACAAAAGCAGAAAGCUCUUCGGCUGAGCUUCACGCAUGUAUUUGAGAUAUUGAGAAGCCAUCUCAAUUUUCAUAUUCAGAAACCAAAACAAGAAUCACACAAGGUUUUAAAAAAUUUCUGUUCUUUUGCUCUGUUUUCUCGGGAGCCAAGCCGGUGUUAAAUCAUUAAAUUUUAGUUAAAGCAGUUGUAACGUUAGCUGUUAAAGAAGAGCUAUUGAAGCCAUUCUGAUUAAAGAGUGGAAUGUCUUCUGAAAUUUACGAGUACUUUUGCCGUAUCGAGGCCAGUUAAUUGCGUUCAGGGACAGUGUGUUUAUCAUGGUUUAAGCUAUAAUUUGAAAAUCGGUGCUGGAAAGGAUAAGCAAAGUGCUAUGGAUCAGAAAAAAAAGCGCAAAACAGUCACUCCUAUAUGGAGACCAGUCUGUACUCAAGCCAUUUCUAGUGAAGAAUGCUUGGAAAAGGAUGUAAUAGCUGAAUCAAAAGAUGGAAGUCAAGUUCAAGAAGUUCUGUGUGGCACAUAUAGCAAUAUUUCUAAUGUCCAGCAUGUCAUAAAGGCAUCUGACACAGUGACUGAAAUAACUAACUCGACUACAAGUUGUAGCACAUUGCAGGAUAAGGGUGAAGAUGGAGUCUUAGAAGGAGAAUCGGAGCUUUCUACAGAAAAGUAUUCAAUUUCAGUUGAGGUAGGUGCUUCUCUAAUUCGUUUUGUAAAAGGAAAAGGAGGAUCUACACAGAAAAAGAUUGAAGAGGAGAUGGGAGUUAAAAUCAUACUUCCAGCAUCCAAGAGGGAUGAUUCCAUUAUCAUUGCGGGCAUUUCCAUUGACAGUGUAACUAGAGCUUCAGAAAAGAUACAAUCUAUAAUUGAUGAGGCAGUCAAAAGCCCAAGUCUUGAUUACACUCACUUCAUAUCACUUCCAUUGGCUAUACACCCUGAAUUAGUUGAUAAGCUUCUCAAUUUUCAAAACUCCAUACUGGGGAAUAGAGAUGGUUGCCCAGAUGAUAAUCCAGACAGCGAUUCAAAUGAAGAUACUACUGACAAUGAAGACGGGGAACAACAGACAGAUAAACGACCUGAUGUUGCUGUUGAACUGAAAGUUGAUGGUGUAAAUGAACAUGUUAAAGUGAAUAUAACUAAAAUACCUCUUGUCAGUUAUGCCCCUAAAGCAUCAAAGUCUUCAUCUCCUUCUGCAGACUUGGGAAUUGACAAAUCCAUAUUCAUUAAACCAAAAACGUUUCACUUGACUAUACUCAUGUUGAAGUUGUGGAACAAGGACCGUGUUAAUGCGGCAGCUGAGGUUUUGCAGAGUAUCUCCUCAAAAGUGAUGGAUGCUCUGGAUAAUCGGCCUCUCUCUAUAAGACUUAAGGGGCUGGAUUGCAUGAGAGGUUCUUUGGCCAAAGCUCGUGUUCUGUAUGCUCCUGUGGAAGAAAUUGGUCGUGAGGACCGGCUGUUACGUGCUUGUCAAGUCAUUAUUGAUGCAUAUGUUGAAGCUGGACUAGUCCUAGAGAAAGAUGCUAAUCAAAAGUUAAAGCUGCAUGCAACCGUGAUGAAUGCAGGGCAUAGAAAAAGGGGGAAAUGGACUAGAAAUGUUGAUUCUUUUGAUGCACGAGGUAUUUUCAAACAGUAUGGAUCUGAGGAAUGGGGGCAGUAUCCUAUCCGUGAAGCUCAUCUUUCGCAAAGAUUUGCGUUUGAUGAAAAUGGAUAUUAUCAUUGUUGUGCUUCAAUACCUUUUCCUGAAGGUAUGCAAGUGGACUGAUCGGUUUGCACAGAAGAUUAAUGUGCUUUUCUUUUUAUUUGCAAACUAUGGAAGUAGAAGUUAAUUAUGUGUAUAUUCUCUUGGAAUUAUUUUGGUCUUUAGUUUUGGUAUGUUUUCUGUCGCAUGAGUGGCAAUCUUUGACUUUGGCAGCAUGUUGCCAUCUGACGUUCUGUUGCUUAAAACAACAAAAUUUGAGUGAAUAAAAAAUUCAAGUCAACGUAGCAGUGAAA